AGGUUAUGUGACAUUACUUGACAGCUUUUUGUUUGUUGUCUUUUUAAAUUAAUAAUUUAAUUAUUAAUUUAUUGAUAACAUGCUUGUAAAAGUGAAUUAGUGCAACCCCAAAAUGACUAGUGCAAAUAAUAAAAUGAAAAAUACGGCUGAAACCCAAUUGCAAGUUGCCAUUGCUGUACUAUUGGACUCAAUCGCAGACAAAAGUCCUUCAGUAUGCAAUUCAGUAACCAACUCUUUAACAAAACUAUCCGAAAAACAUCCCAAUCAAGUCCUAUUGUCUUGCUCAAAAUUUUGCACCAAAACCCCUUCACCCACUCCAGAACAAUUGGGCCCCAUUUUACAAUUAAUGAGCAAAAUAUGCUCAGAUCAACUGGAAAACAUCGACGGCGAUACUGUCCUAAACACAAUCGAAUUCAGUCUAAAACUGAUGACCAAAAACCCUAAUCACGAGCCAGCAGUUCAAAUGCCAGCGUCUGAUGUUUUGGUGGCCCUUGGCCGUAUUCAUUAUGUGCAAGUUUUGGAUGCCCUGAGAGCAAAUUUGCAAGCGGGUGUUGUGCCACAUUAUACAAUUCCUCAUACUAUGGGGUCACUUGCUAGUACGAAUUCGUACAGCGUUGUGCCUUAUUUGAAGGAUAUUUUGCACAUUAUGUUGCCGCUUUUUGGUGGGCUGAGGACUGAUCAUUUGAAGCAGGCAUUUUCGUUUGCUCUACAAAAUUUCUGUGAAGGCUUAGUCGAAUACGUAAGUAACCUGGACCAAGUCCCCGACCCAACAAUAACAACAGAAACCUUCAAAACUGAACUCUCAAUGGCCUAUGACGUAUUGUUUUCGGCCUGGCUCCAAUCAAAAGAGCCUAAAGUUGUGGAAACCGUUCUGGAAGCUUUGGGUGCAAUUUUUGUCACUUUACCCAUUGACAAAGUCACACAGCAAAUCCAAAAAAUCAUUCCUUUGCUGCUAAGUUUAUACAAAAAAAAUAUUAACCCUUAUGUAAUUACUAAAUGCUUAUAUGCGGUGCUUACUAAAAGUGCAACAGUCAAUGGAAUGCUUCUAGAACCUCUACUAUCAAACAUAUUGAAUAAUUUAUCUGAAUUAAUAUGCCUGAAUCCAGAUUAUGCUCAGCCUAAUUCUUCUAGAUGUCACUCAGAAGUUUUACGUUGCUACGAAUGUAUUGCCAUAUAUUUCACAGAUACAACCAUAGAUAAAUUAUUGGUGCACUUAAAAAACAACAACGAUAGAGACAAGCUUAAAGGCUUAAUAGUUAUAACACAUUUAAUAGCUUAUAGUGCCGAGCAAACAAUACACAGAAGAUUAAAGGAUAUUUUAAAACAUGUACAAGAAAUGCUUGAGGGCAGCCACAUAAAAAUCCGCAAAGUUUUAGUAAAAAUCAUCAUAGCCCUGGCCCAUAAGAAAGUUUUAAUCAACAAAGAAUUAAACCCUGACGGGGCUGAGGUUUAUUUAGAGUUUAUUUUGAAAAUGUCUUGCAGGCAACUUUUACCUAAAAACUCUGACAUUAGCCUUGAAGAGCUAAAAGACAUACAAACUAGUGCAGAUAAUGCUCUGUAUGUUUUGACCACUUCAGUGCCAGAACUAGAAGCCACUUUAUGGGGCUUGUUAUUAAAAUGCCUCCUCAAUACAAAAUAUGAUGAAGCAAUAGUUAUACUGUUACGAUGUCUUACGUAUUUGGCCUCAAAAAAAUUACAAACUCAAAAUUCUGAGGCUGCAUUCGUCCGUUGCAUGGUUCUGUUGUCUAAUCCUUUGCCUGCAUUAAGAGGCACCUUUUUGCUUAAUUUUUUAAGAAAUAUUUCGCCUUGUAAUGGAUUUGCUUAUAAACCAGUGUGGGAAGUAAAGCUGCCUCAAUUAUCCAAAUAUUUGGAUCAAAAUUAUGACGGGUUUAAUGUUGUCGAAUGGCAGGAUUUGAUGUUUGAUUUUUUGAAUUUGUUGUUGGAGAAUGUCAAGGAUGAUGGGCUUAAUCAGAAUAUGUUGGCUAAGGCGCACCAGCAGUUGGAGUUGUACAAUAAUAUAAGAAACACCCCCAACAUGGACAAAGACGAAAUCCAAACAAAAUUCGCCGAAAAACGUUUCCUAAUGAAAUUCAUCGCCCUCAUCCUGUGCUACCUGAAAUCCAAAGAGUCAGUCUUACAAACCCUAGACGUUUUACUAGUCAAUGUACGUUUGACCGAUUACACUGAAUUGCACGCCUGCGCAGAAGCCGUAGGAAUCGCCUCCCGUGUCCAUUUGGAUUUAGUUCUGGAAAAACUGGCUCAAAUCAGACGAGAACUUCUCACAAAAAAAUCCUCAAAACUGUUUUCGUUUGUCAAAAACCAAACUCACGAGCUUGGAUUGGAACGCUACGUGAUUAUUUACAGCUAUGCUGAGGUGUGUAACGAAGCUCCUAGCGAUCAGUUAUUGAGGGUAGUUGAAAGCGAAAUUUUGGAUUUUGUUUUAAACGAACUAUCGAAUUGUAAAGAGUUUGCCAUUAGGCGUGUUUGUUUGAAGGCGAUUAAUAGUAUUGCUGAUGCAAUGCACCCAAACAGAAAUAAGUUGCAUAUAAAAAUGAAUGAAAGGGAUAAGGUUAUUGAAGCUGUUUUCAAUCAAAUGCAUUUACAUAAUGGGCCUGAAUAUAUUGAAAUGUUUCCUAUUAUAAUAUCUGCAAUGACAGCACUAAUAAAGUUGCCUUUGCCAUUAGAAUCACAAGAAAGAAUUCGCUUAAUGAAGCUAUUUUUCGAUAACAUCUACAACGCUUCAGCAAUUUAUUGUAAAAUAAAUCCCAGCAAUUCAGACACCAAUAAUUAUUAUGGAGAUUUAAAAUUAGUCCCCAGUGUCACUAAAAGUUUUGGCGAACUGAAUCAGUUUGUGCAAGAGUUGUUGUUGCAAAACCUCUCUCCGGCAACUUUAGAUGAAAUAGUAACUUUGUUAGAAAUGUGGUUGGCCAAAAAAAAGCAGGAGCAAAGAUUGCCGGCAAUAGAAACUUUAAGGCUGGUGCUUCAAUCGUAUUUGGAUAAUAUGAGGUUUGCCCAUGAUUUACCGACAAGUUUCAGUCAGACUGGAUUGUUGUUGGCCAGGGUUGUACCCAGAUGUACUGAUCCUAAUAAGAAUAUAAGAAAGGUAGCUGUCGAUUGCGUUUGCCUGGUACUUUGCAUAGCGGCCCGGUACGACGGCCACAUGCGCGAUCACGACAAACUACUCAGCAAUAGCCUGCACAACGUCCAGCAAAACAUUGAAUCCGACGAUCCAAAACUACUCUUCAAUCUAACAUCAGAUUUGGCCCACGUCAUUUGCCUAAACCUACCUCAAUUCCAACUAAUCCACUUCAUUGACGGUUUAAUAGAUGGGCUUUUAGAUUGUGAAACUUCCAGCUCAAACGGUACCAGUGUAAUUUUAAAUAUUACAUUGAAAAAUAAAGGCAAUGAGUUGCAAAACUAUGUCAAACAAGUUACGGAGAAGAUUUUAGGCCAACUGGACAAAAUUCAAUGUCCUAGGACGAAGUCUUCUACUUUGAGGGCAGUUUUGAGUUUGGCCAGUCACCAUUCUAGAAUUGUCGGUGGGAUUUUGUUAAUGCAACCUUUGCCUUAUGAAAGUUCAAUAUGUGACUGUUGGUCUGUGCUAUCCAAUGACAACGCCCUAGUCCAAGAUUUAGUAGACCAAAUAAAAAAACUCAUCAAAACCACUCCUUUGUAUGAAAUCCAAAGCACUACAGACAUAAAGGUGGCAAGUUUGUCACCCUUGCAAGCCAUUUGUGCCCUUCACGAGCUCCUAAAAAACAUCCAACUAAAGGAAAUUUGCCUGGAACAAUUUCCAGAAAUGUUUUCGCUGUUACUAAUCAGUUUGGCCUCGUAUAUCGAUUGCCAGGCCCCAGCUACAAAAACUUUGACUGAGAAAAACAACAAAUAUGGUUUUAUAUUAAAUCGAGACGCCUACAAACUAAACCCUGCUAAAGUAGCUUUUGAUACAUUUAGAUCGUUUUUGAUUUGUAGCAACUUCAACAAUAUGGCUACAAAUUUGCUUAGUUACAACAACUUGGACUCAACACAAGACAAAAACUUGUUUCUUGAAGUUGUAGACACUUUAGUGAAUAGCAUUUGCCUGGAAAAGCCUCAAUCUUUGUCUUGGAUUGUUGCUUGUCUAGGCCCUUUUAUACGUUCCGAGCUGGAGCCUCAAAAAGUGGCAGUUGUAGCGUUUUUCACUUAUUUACUCAAGCAAGGAACUCAGAAUGAACAAACUGUUUUGAUUGAGAAUUUGUUGGAAAUGAUACUGGAUGUGCAACUGGAUCAGAGCUGUUUGGUGCGGCAAAUUGGGCUAGAAGGUUUAGGCUAUGCGGCUGAAAAUUUAAGCAGAGAUUUGAUUGCAAGAUAUAGCAAUCAGAUUCUUGGAGUAUUAAUGAAUAGUUUGGAUUAUCAAAAUAUUGGGAGCGAAAGUGAUGUGAUUCUAGAAUCUCUUAGAACAUUCUCGAAGUUGUUAAACGCCCUUGAAGGCUACAAGUUUCAUUCGUUUCAAGUGACUGCAGCAGUCAGAGUGAAACUGCUAUUUAGUCAAGAGGACAACAAACUGAGACAAGCGGCGUUUCGUCUUUUGGGUGAUUUGGCGGCCAGUUUGGGUCCAGAAACCAAUCUGGAAGCGUUUCGAGAACAAAUUCAAGGCAAUUUGGUUACUUUGUUGUUGCACUUGUGCGAUCCGGAUAUUUAUGUGGUCAAGGCUUGUAAAUACACCUUAAGAAAAGUUGGCCCAUACUUGGAAAGCCCCGAAGUCAAUACGAUGAUUCAAGAACAUUUAAUCGACGAGGCCAAUUUACACUUUGCCGACUUUGUCAAAGAUUUUAUUAAAAUAAUGGCCAAAGACCGUCAAGAUCUCUUCGCUAGAUUCGUAAUGACUAGUGUUUCUUACCUGAAAAGCCCAUGGGUGUCCAUUCGGAGUAAUGGAGCUUUGGUUACGGGGCUGCUGUACUCGGAACUGGCUCCAGAAAAUAAGGAUAAAGUGUCUCUGGACGCAGUUUGUGAUAAGUUGAUAAGGCUGAUGCAGGACGAAAACGAUGACGUUAGGAUCAAGGCUAGUCAGGCCAUGUCUUAUUUGUUUAUUUGAAUGUGAUUAUUAUUAAGAGAGAGAAAUCUAUUAUGUUUACUAGGAUAAUUUUUAGCUUUUUGUCGAAUUUUAUUAGUUAUUUACCCUUUUUAUAUUGUUUAUUAUUAUAAUUUUUCUAUAUCUAUGUAUGUUGAACCCUAUUUUAAAAAUAAAUUUUCAAAUUUG